AGGAUUACCCUAACAUCCAGCAAAUUUGUGAAGAAAAAAUAAAACUCCGGCAGUAUCCUGAGAACUGUCACACAUGUAUGAACUUCUGGAACAUGAUUAAAAGACCAGUAUUUCGCAUGAUAAAAGCAAAAAACUACAGAGACGUGGAUGCAGAGAACCCACAACCAGGAGAUCGACAUUGAGCAUUUCCACCAAAUUUUGGCAUAUGCUUGGAGUUCAUCAAAUUUGCCAACAAAGCAAUGCUGGUUGUGUUAGGAUUGGGAUUUGGGAUAAGGAAAAUACAAGAUAAGAAAGAGAAACAUUCAAGGUCUCUUCAGAUCAUGGAUGAACUACUUAGGCGUGCUUCAAGCUAUGGGUAUAACAGGAAUGGAAGAAAUCCCAAGCUACCACAAUCCUGUAAAGAUGAAGAAACAACACCCUGUAACCUUGUGAAAGAACUAACACAAGAGAAUAAACCUGUUUCAGAUGCAAUGGGAAAUCAAGUGGUACAAGUAUGUGAAGAAUUCUAUGCCCCGACAUUUUUUCAUUCACUACAACAACGACAAUCAAACUCCAAAGCAGAUCUUCACCAACCACCACACAGAACUUGUAAGCAGAGGAGGCAAAUGGCUAAAUGAUACUUCCAGUUCAUGCUCUGUUGUUGCUACUCUCAUUGCUACUGUUGCCUUCGCCACAUCUGUCACGAUACCAGGCAGCUUUAACAACAAUAACGGCAGACCAAACCUUGAGCACCAAGCAGCUUUUAAUCUCUUUGCGAUUUCAUCGCUUAUUGCUCUCUGCUUUUCGGUGACUGCUAUGGUCAUGUUUCUUGCUAUUGUCAGCUCUAGGCACCAAGAGGACGAUUUUCACAGGGUCUUGCCUGAGAAGCUUUUGUUGGGCUUAACAACUCUUUUCAUAUCCAUAUCAGCUAUUUUGGUGUCUUUCUGUGCGGGACAUUUCUUUAUCCUUAGAGAUGAGCUCAAGCGUGCUGCAUUUCCUGUCUAUGCAAUAACCUGCCUUCCAAUAUCAUUUUUUGCUUUGGUGCAGUUCCCAAUGUACUUCGAUGUUGUAUGGACCACUUUUAGGAAGGUUCCACAACGAAGGUAUAAGGUGAAUCUCUAGAAUUUCAUUUUCUCCAAACUACUUGUUGAUACUGUUGGUGA